UCUUCUGCAUCUCCAACAAUUCCUUCCUUUUUCUGUAACAGAAUAUGCAUCCCAGGUUCACUGGAGUAAAUCUGGAAAAGAACAAGAUAAUCUAUGAAAGAAUCAAUGUAUUGGCUUCAAAGCAUGCAUGCACUCCUUCUCAAUUAGCAUUAGCAUGGCUUCUGCAUCAGGGAAAUGACAUAAUCCCUAUCCCCGGGACUACUAAAGUGAAGAACUUUGAAAACAACAUUGGAUCUCUGAUUGUAAAGCUUACAGAAGAAGAUUUGAAGGAAAUUUCUGAUGCUGUUCCUGUUGCGGAAAUCGCUGGGAAUCUAGAAAAUCACAGUUUGUCGCAAUAUAGUUGGAAGUUUGCAACUACACCGCCAAAGUAAAUUGCAUAGAGAGAACUGUGCAACCCUGCAAUAAAUAAGUGUUUUGUUAGAUCUCUUGUAAGAAAUGUGUAUAAGAGGAAAGGGCACAGUUAAGGGUGGUGUUAGGGGCUGCAUAUGACUGUUUCUGUGUUAAUUUAUUAUUGAAUAUAAAUAGUAAUUAUGGAAGCUAUUAAGAUCAGGCAGUUAGGGUGUGCAAUAAAUAGGACAAUUGCAUGUUGUGGCAAUUAUAAUGUGUGAUCUGUGUCCUAAUGUUAUUAUGUAUUAAUUCAGUUUGUAACAAUAAAGACCAGAAAUUAUCCUAAAUUUACUCUGUAUUGAAUUGGUACCUAUCAACUGGUCGGAGCAAUCAAGAUCUUGGUUGUUUUGAUGGGUUUGAUAAGAGGGGACAUGAAAGCACGGAGAGAACUAUUUGAACAUGGAUUCGAAGGGAUGUUAUCCAUGAGAGAAAAGGUGGAGAAAAGUUUGGAGCAAGACAAAAUUGAACGUGCAGACAGUUUGCUUUAGACAGGACAAUUCGUAGAACGUAGGGAUGCACCCCGACAACAAAGACAUCUAUGUCAACCAUGGGAAUCCACAUCAGCGAGAAGACACAUAUUUCACAG